GUACGGUGCCGCUUCCUCAUCCUUCGAUUGGUUGUUACCUGGUAUCCGCGGCGAGUAUUCGCCAAUCCAUCCGGUGGAACGACAUCGAGGAGAUGGGCAUAUGUUUUCUUCACGCGCUCCCACCCAGUGAUCAGCCCAAGACGGAUACGUCGGACUCACGCAUCAUUGAGCUGUUGGACAACUAUGAGGAUGUCUUCCAAGCUCCCGCCGGAGUCAUACCGGAUCGGCCCAUACGCCACAGGAUCACUCUCGAGGACGGCAUCGUACCUCCACGUGGAUGUAUCUACUGCAUGAGCGAAGAGGAACUUCAAGUGCUUCGGGCACAACUAGACGACCUUUUGGCCAAGGGCUGGAUUCGCCCUAGUUGUUCGCCAUACGGUGCUCCCGUUCUCUUUGUCUGGAAGAAGAAUAAGGACCCUCGUUUGUGCAUCGACUAUCGAAAACUUAACGCACAAACGAUCAAGAACGUCGGCCCUCUCCCUUGGAUCGAUGAUCUUCUCGAGCGACUAGGCGGCGCCAAGUACUUCUCAAAACUUGACCUCAAGUCCGGAUACCACCAGAUCGAGAUUCAGCCAAGAGAUCGGUACAAAAUCGCAUUUAUCGCCAAGUACAAGGCGAACCGUGACAAGUGUGAGUUUGUCCAGCAAGAGCUGGAGUACUUAGGCCAUUACAUUACGCCGCAAGGCAUUCGUCCGCUCGCAGACAAGGUACAAGCCAUUCAAAAUUGGCCGGACCUCAAGUGUACUACUGACGUUCGCUCCUUUCUCAGCUUGGCAUCAUACUACAUGCGCUUCGUCAAAGGAUUUCAACGCAUUGCUGCACCGUUGUCGCGACUGCAGUCCCCCUUGGUGCCCUUCGAGUUCAUCGACGAAACCCGGCAUGCGUUUCGCACGCUGAAGACGGCUUUGCUUCAAACUCCCGUCUUAAGCAUCUAUGAUCCGACCUUGCCUACUAAAGUGACUACGGACGCUUCCGGCUAUGGCAUUGGCGCGGUUUUGGAACAGCAUGACGACACAGACUGACAUCCGGUUGAGUACUGCAGCCAAAAGGUGCCGCCCAUCAACACUCU